AUGAAAGAAUCCAUUGCAGCUACAUUGGCAUUGCCAUUAUUGUGGGCGGCGAUGGAACCAUCUGAGAACUACGAGUACGCUUUAUUACCGAAAAAGCUACAGCAGAGUAUUUUACGCACAUUCGCUAAUAUUGCUGACACUUCAGGGCUAAAUUCUGUUAUUCGGGAGGGAAUCUUCGUCACUGGCGAUGGCUCGCAACUAAACCUCGUCAUACUGGACAGCAGUGAGGGCCCUGGUCAAGAGAACAAUGCAGUUGUUACACGUUCUGGUGGUAAUGUGUCGGGAGUUAGUCGUCGCGAGUUCGCAGCACUGUACGCUCAAAUAGCAGCAAUUCGCCGCCAUACAACGGAUGAAAUUCAGCAAUUACGACGCGAUAUCCAGAGAGAGCUGCAAAAACCUCAGUCAAUAGUUCGAUGCGUUGUCAUGCAGCCUAGCGCUCGUCGGGAUGUCUCUGCCCACAUUCCUGCCGGAGAAGUUCCCCCUACAAGGCAACGUGCAGCCCGACUAUCAAAACGACCAAAGGAUCUGUACGAACUAUGGCAUGAAUAUCAAGUUGGCUGUGCAGAAUUGAAGGCAGCGAAGGACUUUACAGCAGCCGAACGUGGCGCUAACAAGUUUGCCUACUCAAGACGAAAGGUGUUUUGGGACGUUGUGUCAAGUCUGGCUCGCUCGGGCUUCACGAGUGACACAGCAAUUGAAAAAGUGUAUUCAGUUUACGGUAGACAGCUCUCUGUUUUAAACGUCUUGUCGGCUCUCCGUGCUGAUCGUAGGCGCGGCAGACAUCCCAAUCUGCGUGUGUAG